UAAAUAAUUAAAUAAAUCAAUUCUACAUCAAUCACAUCCGACUUUCGUUUUGUAGAAUCAUGAAUGGUAAUAUUUACGUUGAUGUAUUUUCGUUGCUACUAAACUACCAUUUGUGGUAUGUUUUGACAUCCGUUCGUAUUGAUUUCAUUUGGAGGGACUCAAGAGCAAACAAACUUUUCAUGGUUCUCAUUGAUCAAAAUAGAGAGAAAGUGUUAGCAGUUGUUCCACAACAAAUGAUGCGCUUUAUUUAUGGAGGGAAUCUAUUGGGUGUUGUGUUUUCUUUAAACCAUUUCCAAAUCGAACCAACCUAUGCUGAGUAUCCGAGAUAUCAAGAAUAUAGUUUAUUACGUGGUGAUUUGAUGAUUAAGAUCAGCAACAACACACGGUUUAAUCGUUUGGCCGAUGCUAUCAUAUCAUGGUUUCCGGUUUUCCCAUUGGUUCCCACAAUAAAAAGUUUAGUAGAAGAUCGGACAGAGAGAAAAAUGAUGAUCGAUAUUGUUGGAAAAAUCAUCAGAGGCAAGCGAAACUAUUCCCGUUACUCUGGUUUACUGACGUUAACUUCUUUCACUUUAUAUCUCCAAGAUGGGCUUGAAUAUUUUGAUAUCAACCAAACUAAGCAACGUAGAGUUCCAACCGCGGAUGCCGGAAGCAUUUAACAUCAUAAAUAUGCCUAGAAGAAUUUUUAAUUCCGUGUGAGACAUUUGGUGGUGUUUUUUUUUGAAGUUUUGACAACUUUUACGAGUGUGUUGCUUUUAUUGUUGAUCUACAUUAAUGUUAGACAUAUUAUGGUGAAUUUUUUCAUGUAUGG